AGUGUGUGUCCUGCUCCCCAGCCUUGCCCUGCUCAGCACCCGUGGCAUCACCAUGGCUCUCCGCCUCCUGCUGCCGCUGCUGAUGCUGGCUGCCACCCUCCUCUUUGCCCAGGCUCAAGGACUUGGAAGCUCAGCUUCAGACUGCUGCCUGAAGCACAGCCAGAGAGCCGUUCCCAUUCGUGUGGCAACAUCCUACACAGUCCAGGGACCCGAGUCAGGAUGUUUGCUGCGUGCUGUCGUGUUCACCACCAAGAGAGGCAAGAAAAUCUGCUCCUCUCCCACUGACCCUGCUGUCCAGAAGGUGAUGAAGUACGUGGACAAGAAGAAUGACAAGGACAAGAAGAAUGAAAAUGAGAAGAAGAAGGAACAGUCCCAGCGUUCUGGGGGCAGACCCAAGCGGCGGAGGCGGCAGCAGGUCUAAGUCAGGCCUGAAGAGGACAGAUGCCUUCCCACUGAUGACUGACCCUCAGCCUGGCAAUGGACAUCCACAGACCACCCACCCACCUGCUGGCCCCGGGGCGAGAACGGGGCUGGCUGAGGGGGCUGCCCUCUGCCCCACAGCCUCCUUCGUGCUGCUGUGCCUGACACAGAGAUACCCCAGUGGGACCCUCUGCACCGUCUGGGUGCUCUCAGCAAAGGGGGCACCCAGGUCCUUGCUCGCCCCACGGCCACACAGCGGGGGACCUGUACUCCGGUGGGAGCUGAGCCAUGGCCUCGAGAGGAAAGUGGACAGCAUUCCCACUGGAGGGCAUUUCUUUAGCCUGGUAGGAUGGCAGCUUUUCCUAUGACUUUUUUGGGGGAUUUUAGACACUUGUAUUUAUAUUUUAAAACUGUGCUUUCAUUCAGUCUUCCUGGAAGGCUUUCCUUCUGGCUCCUUGUGCUUCACAGAGUAUCCUUUACGCUUCGGGCUGGCUUUUCUGGAAGAUUGCUCUUAUUUUUCUACCAAAAAAAUGAUAGGUGAUUUUUAUUUCCCUCUCACUUGUUUGCUUCUUUUCGGCUUGCAGGGCUGUGGGGUGCCAGGCAGGUCCCAAGUCCCAUGGUCCUUCUUGAGCUGCUUGCUGGGAGCUUCCUUACAGGGCAAUUAACAGGGGCUGAGAUGGAAAGUUUGGGGGUGACAGUGUGACUCCAUGUCUGGGCUGUUCUAGUCUUUCCCUUCAGCUUUUAUGAUGCUCAGUUGCAGUGUAGUUCGGAUAAUGAUAGCUACAUUUUGUCCCUUUAGUUUUUUAUUUUCUUUUUUUGUGUGCAAAAUUUCCAUGAAACCAGAACAAAUUGUUCAUUUUAGUGGAAUUAUACCCUUUUAGCUCCCCUGGUUACAAAAUUGCAAUGGAAUCAGAACAAAUUGUUCAUUUUAGUGGAACUUUACCCUUUUAUCUCCCCUGCCAUUGCGUGUGUCAGGGAUUCAGUCACUAUUAAGCCAAAUGCUUAGUUUUCUGGGGGGGGAAAGCCAGAAAUGCUCAAAUACUUUCUUACCAAAUCUGAAAAGCCCACAUGGUGAAAGCUGCACGUGAGGCUGUGAAAGUGGGGGAACAGACGACUUCAUAAAAUUUAUUGUAGACACCCUGCAGCCGUUUGAGAGUGGCUCUAACCCAAACCUUUAGUGAGAGAAGUCACUACCCAGAGGACAGUAUUAGGUGAGACUGAAAGUAGAGGGGGGAAAUGGCAUCUCCCUGUGCUUAAGAAAUCUGCCCCCAGCAUGCCAAGAAGGAACAAGUUGAACAGCUGUACCAUAGCAGUGCUAUUUGCUUGCAGAGACUACAGACGUGGACUUUGGUCAGUAAAGGUCUAUUAAGUCAUAUAAAUGCAAUAAUAGGAUUUGCAGAGCUUAACAGUAUCGGCAAGGGCUGUGUGUUCGCUGGAGUAAAGCUUGUAGCUGAGUGUUUCUAUCAAGCACGUUUAUCUGGCUUGAUUGCUUUAUUAAGCAGGCAUUUAGGUCUAUUGUUUUAAGGCUGUGUAAAGUAACUGUGAAGUCCAAGACACCAGCCCUGAGUAUGGGACGGGUGCUGAGCUGUCUCCGUGCUGCCCUCUCCUCCAUGUGGGAGCACGCAGCCGUCUGCCAGACCGGAUUUUGGACAGGAUGCGUGGCAAUAAAAUAUAUUCUUUAUAACCAAA